GUGGGGCCAGGGCAAGGAGCCACAAGAACAACAGGAAGAGUGGCACUCAGAUCUCCUCAGCGCUACUCGACAGCCCUGAAAACACCAAUGGAAAACGCCGUGGACGCGAAUCGCCGAAGACAGAGCUGAAAAAUAAACCUAGCGACUCAGAACAAGCAGUUUCAUCUCAUCUUUGUAGCUCCUCCGCGAGGGGGGGUGCGCACCAACUACCCCAGUCGCCUUUGUCUUCCCACCACGUCCAGAAGAACGCUCUUGGGG